AUUAGUGAAUAGUGAUUACAAUUUACAACUUAUGUAGUUAUGUGUGUCAUGCCUGUAUGUUAUGCUAGAGCUUGAUAGUCCAUAAUAUAUUAUUCUACGUUUCAUUAAUCAUUCCAAAUUUACAAUCGAAAUUUAAUUGGUAUAUUUCUUCAAGUUACCACUGUUAAAUUGUUAAAAUGGUCGUCAAAGAAAUCAUGCACGAUCCCCAGUUUCAAGAAGAAUUAAACGCAAACAGCAUGAAGCUGGUCGUUGUUGAUUUCUCCGCUACCUGGUGCGGUCCGUGUAAACGUGUCGCGCCUCUGUAUGAUGAACUCUCAAAUAAAUACGACCGUGCAGUGUUCCUUAAAGUGGAUGUCGACAAAUGCCAGGAAACAGCCGCUAGUCAAGGUGUGUCGGCCAUGCCGACUUUCAUACUGUAUCGCAAUAAAGUAAAAGUGGCAAAAAUUCAGGGUGCUGAUAUUGUAGCUGUAGAAUCAAAAAUCAAACAACUGUAUGAUGCAGCGUGUGCUGCUUCUGGCGAAGACUGUGGAGUACCUGGCCAAAUGGACCUAAGUUCGUUCAUCAUGAAAAAUCAGUGUGAAGCUCUGAAUGAUUCAGAUGACCAUCCGCUUUCAGCAUUUAUCGAGAACCGUGGCUAUAUUGAAUCAGAUUGUGAUCAGCAACUUAUUUUAUCAUUAACCUUCACGCAAUCUGUCAAAGUGCAUUCUAUCAAAGUUAAAGCUCCUAAAGAUAAUGGACCAAAAUCAUUGAAGUUGUUUAUUAACCAGCCUAAUACUAUAGAUUUUGAUGCUGCAACUUGUAAUUUAGCUACACAAGAACUUGAAUUAAAACCUGAUGAAUUAGAUGGUAAAAUUGUCAACUUGAAAUAUGUAAAAUUCCAGAACGUCCAUAAUCUGCAAAUAUUUGUUGUAAACAAUCAAACUGAUGAGGAAGUAACAAGAAUAGAUAGUUUGGAUAUUAUUGGAAUGCCUAUAUCUACAACUAACAUGGGUGAUUUCAAGCGAGUUGCUGGUAAAGUUGGAGAAGCUCAUUAAAAGUGACAAUGUUUAUUAUUAAAAACUCAUAUUAUGCUGUACACUAAAUUAACAAACUAAAAAUAACAUAAUUAACAUAUACCAGUUUUUUAUUCUCCAAAAUUAUAUAAUUCUACAUUUGUAUGUUUGAUAUAAAAUUCAUGUUUGUAAAAAAAAAUUACUUAAGAACGUUUUACCAAGUAAAAAGUUUCAUCUGGCUUAAA